AUGGUACCGAGCUGCGAAACCUCAUUAAGGUUCACUUUUAUUCCACCUUCUGAUGUGUUACAUGCAAAUUCACGUCUUUCAUUAGAUCUUGAUGAUGAUUACCAAGAUUUUUUAAAUCAUUUUGAAACUACAUAUAUAGGACGACUUCGCCCUGACAAUACACGACGUCAACCAUCAUUUAGUAUUGAAUUUUGCAAUAUGCAUGCAAGAAUAACACAAUCAUCGAUGCAUACAGAUAAUUCUGUAAUAGCAUGGGAUCGUCUUAUAGGAUGUGUAUUUCCUACGCUUUGGUCAUUUUUACAAAAACUAAUUCAUCAAGAACAAGCAACACAUGCUGAUAUACUUAUACAACUAAAUAAUAUUGCACACAGUAUUGGUUUGUAA